CUGCGCAUUAUUUGGGUGGAAAACUCCAUUGAUAGGCUAAUAGAAAAGGAAGCAACUCCCAAAAGAAGAAAUCAGGGUUUCUUCGCCACCAACUCUGUAGAAUUUUGGUUCAAGAUUUCGUCGACGAUCAAAUUCUUCCUGCGCAGAAUAACAGGUCUUGUGUAAUGUUACCCCCUAGGCUAGUUCUAUAUUUUGAUAAGACGCUCAUUGAUCAAGUGCAUAUCUCUCUUUGAACAAGAAUCUUGUCCGGAGAAACCUUGACUUGGUUGAAAUUGUUCCUUGGAACAUCUACAGGACAGUAUGGCUACAGUAAAGAACCUGAAGAUUAAGACAGCAACCUGCAAACGCAUUAUCAAGGAGUUGCAUUCUUACGAGAAGGAGGUCGAGAGAGAAGCUGCCAAAACAGCUGACAUGAAAGAAAAAGGGGCUGAUCCUUAUGACCUUAAGCAACAGGAAAACGUGCUGGCUGAAUCAAGGAUGAUGGUUCCCGAUUGUCACAAGCGUCUGGAGUCUGCCUUGGCUGAUCUGAAAGGAACACUGGAUGAACUGGAAAAGUCAACACAAGUGAGAGGCCCGGAGUUUGACGAUGCUCGGAGCAUAAUCACCGAGAUCGAAAGUUUCCUUAAGACAACAGAGGAAUAGUAGUGAUCUUAAUUACCAAUAACAGAAUUUUAUAUUGAUAAGCUAUUAAUCAAACUGUUGCUUUGCAAUAUUACUUUCUCUUGUCCGGCUUUUGGUUGCUAUGUUCAUACUUUGGAGAGUUUCAUUCCCUGUUAUUCACUCCUAUCAUCAAGUUUAAGACUAAAAUCUUCUGUUUC